GGCUGCAGGUCUGCGGGAGCCGCACGCGUCCUCGUCGCUCACAGCCGCUCGGUCAGCUGCAUGCACUUCUGUGCCUCCAACCCCGCGCACUUGGUGUCGCUGAGCUACGACAGCCUGCGCUGCGGGGACGUCACCAGGGCCGUCUUCGAUGAGAUAUGCAGAAAAGAUGAGGAGAGCAUGUCCUCCUUCGACUUCCUGGAAGACGCCGCCUGCACCGCGCUGGUGGGGCACUGGGACGGCAGCGUGUCCCUGGUGGACAAACGGACCCCGGGGUCGGCCCCAGAGCUGUCUGCAGACAUCGGCUUCCACAGGACGCGCACGGUGCACGUCCACCCCGUCAAGAGGCAGUACUUCAUGGCUGCCGGCGCCACGGACGUCUGCGUGUUCGACGUGCGGUACCUGAAGGCGAAGAGGAACACGGCCGUGAGCGCCCUGGAGGGGCACACGAAAAGCGUCGCCUCUGCCUAUUUCUCACCCGUGACGGGGAGCAGCGUGGUGACGGUGUGCGCUGACGACAGGCUGAGGGUCUAUGACACCUCCUCGUUGCCGUCGACCAUCGCGGCUCUCAGCACCAUCAGCCCCCAGCGCCUCGCCUCCGUCUGCUCCAUCGCCGCCCUGCACCCCAGCCAGCGCAUCCUGGUGGGCGGCAACUCCAGCGGCCGCCUGCACGUCUUCAAGGAGUGA